UGUGGCCCCUAGCAGCUAGAGUGGAGUCAGACCCUGCCCUGUUAGAGCUCCCAGUGCCACUUGCCAUAGUGAAAAACCUCUUGAUUGCUUUGUUUUGCCCCAGCCACCUGGGUCUGGAAGCCCCAGAGAGGAAGUAGCUGGGGAAACUGUUUCUUGGUCUCUGGGUUACCCUCCUACCCUGACAGGUCCUUCCUCCUGAGCCCCAGCAACAGCAGCAGCCAAUCAGGCUGAGACUCUGAAGCAGCUGCUCCUAUGAGCUCGGGGAAGGAGAAGCAGGUGGCCUGCCCUCUCUCCACUCCACCCAAGUGGGUGCUGGGCUCACUUCCUCCCCACAGUAGUGGGAGGAGGACAGGGUGUGUUUUCAAGUCUUGAGAACAAAAUGGAGCUUUGGGUUUCCUGUACUGAAACUAAAGUGUCCUGACCUGCCCCUCUGUCUCCCUGCUUCCACCUGUGAAGAUUCCGGCAGAGUUCGUCUAUCUCGUCUUGCUGUGGAUUGAAGGCGCCGCUUCUCCAAUUUCUUCUCCGUCUCCUGGGAGGUAGCAGGAAAGUAGCGCCAUGGUUGGGUUCAAGGCUACGGAUGUGCCCCCUACUGCCACCGUGAAGUUCCUGGGGGCUGGCACAGCCGCCUGCAUCGCAGAUCUCAUCACCUUCCCCUUGGACACUGCUAAAGUCCGGCUGCAGAUUCAAGGAGAGAGUCUGGGGUCAGCACAGGCCGCAGCCAGUGCCCAGUACCGUGGUGUGCUGGGCACCAUCCUGACCAUGGUGCGCACUGAGGGCCCACGCAGCCUCUACAAUGGGCUGGUGGCUGGCCUGCAGCGCCAGAUGAGCUUCGCCUCCGUUCGCAUCGGUCUUUACGACUCUGUGAAGCAGUUCUACACCAAGGGCUCUGAGCAUGCCAGCCUCGGAAGCCGCCUCCUGGCAGGCAGCACCACAGGUGCCCUCGCUGUGGCUGUGGCCCAGCCCACAGACGUGGUGAAGGUCCGCUUCCAGGCUCAGGCACGGGCCGGAGGAGGCCGAAGAUACCAAAGCACUGUGGAUGCCUAUAGAACCAUCGCCCGAGAGGAAGGACUCCGGGGGCUCUGGAAAGGCACCUCUCCCAAUGUGGCCCGGAAUGCCAUUGUCAACUGUGCUGAGCUGGUCACCUAUGAUCUCAUCAAGGACUCCCUACUGAAGGCCAACAUCAUGUCGGAUGACCUCCCGUGCCACUUCACGUCUGCUUUCGGAGCGGGCUUCUGUACUACUGUCAUUGCCUCCCCUGUCGACGUGGUCAAGACAAGAUACAUGAACUCUGCCCAAGGCCAGUACAGCAGCGCCGGCCACUGUGCCCUCGCCAUGCUCCAGAAGGAGGGGCCCCAAGCCUUCUACAAAGGGUUCAUGCCCUCCUUUCUCCGCCUCGGUUCCUGGAACGUGGUGAUGUUCGUCACCUAUGAGCAGCUAAAACGGGCCCUCACAGCUGCCUGCACUUCGCGGGAAGCCCCCUUCUGAGCCUGCCUACUGGUGCCCUCGCCGCCGUUGGCCUUACCUGCUCCCCGCCUUUCCCUUCCCUCUUCCCACCUGCAUUCUCCUGCAUUCUCAUCCCACCCCACCCAGUCUCCCCAGUUAUGUCUCUGGGCUAGUGUUGUUGAUCCCAUGUGACAGUGGGAGAAGCCUAGCACCAGCCAGGAUACUAGGCCCUCAGUUCCUAGGAAAGCUCAGCUGGAAUCUUGGCCUCAGCCCCUCACCCUUCCCAGCUAGCCUGUCACUCAUAAAGCAAGCACAACCUUGGUGUCUCUUC